GCCGAGGCCGACCGCUUGAGGAGAGCAGCUCCUCGUGCAGAUGACCAUCGUGAUCCUGGAGCAGCUCUUCGUGGAGGUGGUCGUGACGACGGUCCGGUCCAGCCACCAGCAGGUCUUGAAGGUGAUGAGCUUGAGGCGUUUGUGGCGAAACAAGCAGCAGAUGCUCUCGAGGGCGAUGGUUUGCGAACACCGUUGGCAAGAGAUGUCCCAGAGGAGCCGACCGACGAGGACCGAGCACUUCACUCUUUGACUCACAUUCCUUUUGCAAGGUGGUGCUCGGCAUGCGUUCGGACCCGCUCUCGUGCAGACGCUCAUCGACCGCAACGCGUGGAACAACAGUGGUCAGUGCUGCAGGUGGACUUUUACUUCACGGCCGCCGACCCUGAAGGACGGCCAGCCCCCGGAGAUGAUGGUGAUGGUGCUCCUCUUUGUUGCUUGCUGGCAGUGGACUUGGACACGCGUAUGGUUCUUGCUGUGCCGUGUCCUGGAAAAGGGGCCACGGUGCUUACGAGAUGCACACAGGAGCUGGCCCGCUUCACCAUUGCCCUCCAUGCCAGCGAGCCCGUGACGAUCCAGUCAGAUGGGGAGCCCUCGAUAAAGAGCGUGGUGCGUGCCGUGGCUCAGGCUCGCCAUGCGUUGGGCCACCGCACCCUGCAGCGCACCACUCCUGUAGGCGACCACCAGGAUCGGCACGGCAAACUACCUGCAGAAGCUGAUCUUCGAGCGUGGUCCCACUCCCACGCUAGCUUCCUCUACAACCGCUUCAACGUCGUGGCCGGCCUACAGAGAACUCCCUACGAGAUGGCCCAUGGAGGGAAGCCCGUCACAGCCAAGCUUUGCUGCUUUGGAGAAGUUGUUUUUGGAAAAGUUCCUCGGUCAUUCAAGGGGGAACCGGUGAUGAUCGAUGGCAUGUGGGUUGGCAUCAGCGAGCACAACGGCACCGAUUGGAUGCUCACUGAGCACGGCGCUGUGCAGGCCACCUCGGUGCGGCGUGCAAGCAAGGAGCUGCAGCUACCCACCAAGGAGCUCUUGGAGAAGUACCAUGGCCUUCCUUGGGAGAAGACCACUGUGGAAAAGAAGCGGCGCAAACGCGCGCCCGUUGUUCCUUUGGCAGCUCCUCUCGCUGAUGUUGCCAGUGCUCCUGACGCUCCCGUACCAGUACUUGAUGGAGCAGUGGCCGCCGACCAGCAGGGCAACAUGGACACAGCAGGUGGAGAUGAGGCCGGGUCAGAUUCUGAUUCGUCCUGUUCAGAUGAGUUGCUGGCAGACGCCGGCGGCAGCCCAGCUUCAAAGCGAAAGGCUGACGAGGUUGGCUUGGAUGAUGGCGAGCGGCAAGAGCGAGCAGCCGCAAGCUCUGAGCCGAUGGUGCGGGAGGUUGAGACUGUCGAUGCUGAUUGGUUUGAGGCCGGGGCCGGGACCACGGAGCCGAGCGACCCUAGCUUCAAUGAGGAUGAAUGGGAGGUCGUUGGUGAGCCCACCAGUGAACCACCCAACCUCUCCGAUGCCCCCCCUGCGGUGCUGGACCACGAGGCCGAGCUCUACGAGACGGAGCGGCUUAAGCUCAUGGACGUCCUCCGCGAGCCGGCGCACGACUUGGACCACUACGAGAAGCUCACCGUGACCUUUGUGCACAA